UACAGUCUCACACGCGACAACAGAAGGUCAAUCAUGGCAGCCUGCACUAAAAGGCUGGACAGAUUUAUAAUCUCACUGAGGUUACUGCGAAACUUGCAGCUCCAAAAUGAGCGGUUUCUGUCUACAUCUCCGUGUCUUCGUGCUGCUGGGAAUGACAGCGAAUCGCCGAAAUUCGUCCCUCCAUCGAAACCUGUCAUCGUAGACAAGACACAGACUGUGGCAUCUCUCCGAAAGUUCUUGAGCCCAGAGUUUAUCCCUCCUAGACAGAGAACAGAUCCUUUAAAGUUUUCUAUUGAGAGGAAAGACAUGAUUCGCAGAAGAAAAGUGCUCAACAUUCCUGAAUUUUAUGUUGGGAGUAUUCUAGCUGUGACUAUGGCUGAUCCAAAUGCCAGUGGGAAAAGCAACCGCUUCGUUGGCAUCUGCAUCCAGAGAGGAGGAAAAGGGCUGGGGGCCACAUUUGUCCUGAGGAACAUCAUUAAUAACCAAGGUGUGGAGAUCUGCUAUGAGCUGUACAGCCCUCGUAUUCAGAACAUUGAGGUGCUGAAGCUGGAGAAAAGACUAGACGAUAAUCUGAUGUACCUGAGAGACGCUCUGCCCCAGUACAGCACUGUGGACCCCGAAAUGAAGCCAGUGCCUUUUUCACCUACUGGAGAGGUGCCUGUCAACAAGAUCAAGGUAAGGAUGCAUCCAAAGCCAUGGUCUAAACGCUGGGAACGGCCUAAGUUCAACAUCCAGGGCAUCCGCUUCGACCUCUCCCUGACCCCAGAACAGAUGGAGCAUGCCCAGAAGUGGGCACAGCCGUGGCUGGAGUAUGACAUGCUAAAAGAGUACGACACAUCCAAACUGGAGGAGCAAAUCAUCAAAGAAGUCCAGCAGGAGAUGAGCAAGUGAAACAAACAACUUUUUUUCCUUUUUACCAUCAGUGCAGACAUUUCAAAAUUGGAAGAUGAGGCGGUCAUGGAUGUGGAACAAAUCAAGUCUUAUUCCAAGUGGUUUACAACAGCCACACCUCUUUAUCUAACAAGAAGUGAAUAUGGAUAUUGAUGUUCUAUUUGUAAAAGCAUUGUCUUCUUCAUGUCUGCGUAUCAGUCUGCUGAGGAGUUCUUCCAGUGUCACUGAUUUUAGCUGUGACAUUCACAGUAUGCGAUGUUAAGUGUCGUCUGCAAUAAAGCUAAUUAACCCUG